CUUCUAACCAUUAGGAGUUUCUGGUUCAUGCUGUGCCGCACUCCGCCCUACUCCUCCCUACCACAUUGACAUUUUUUAUUACUUCGAUUUGUCACCAUAGCUUUCUUUCUUCCAGCUGGCAUAUCUUUAGCUGUGGUUCAGUCUUUUCGUCUUCAUCAGGUGUCCAAAAAAGCAGAUUGAAAGCGAGAUAUGAAUUUUCCAUGUCUUGUUUUUCACAACAUCGACGAUCGCUUAGCAGGCAUACCGGAAAAUGCCUUGGUCUUACGCCGCAAUAUAUCUUGAGUGCCAAUUGCUUGCCCUGAUUAUGUGUUGCUGGUCUUAGCCGCUUCAAGCCCUGCACCUCCCUCCAAUCGACUGCUAUGAUGAUCCUCCCUCCAUGCUAAGCCUCUGGUUGCUACUGCGCGAUUCUCAACGCGGCAGAAGUUUAUGUCAAACAUCAACAACCCCAAACCCACUGCCAGCAGGGUGCUGCGCCCUGAUGCCUGGAUACCUCAUGACCUACAUAUAUGUUCCGCGAUUUCUCGAUAUGUUCUUUUCUGCUUUACUUUUAUCUCAACACGCAAAAACAUAGCAAGAUAUCAGAUUCAAAAUGGCACUUACAGAAGAAGGACCCUAUCGUGAUGAUCCAAACGAUCGUUCUGAAGUCUCCAUCGAGAGCGAGGACCAUCCAUAUGUUCCUCCCAAUACUUAUUUCAAACUUCCUCUAAAAGUCUUGACCAUUGCUAUCUCUGUCCUCUCUGUGGCCACUUGUGGUCUCCUCAUCGCCAGCUACAUCUACGCUCGAUUAUCGCCAAUCGAAAGUUUUGGGUGGAGAUUCGGACAGUCAAUUGUCGACCUUUCAAUUUGUGUAAGUUGUAACCUCUCUUUCUCGCAUACAGUUGCAAAUAUUCUAACGAAGCGUCUUCCAGUUGGGCGUCAACUUCCUCAUCACGACUCCAGCCAUAUUCUUGCAGCUUCCCAUCGUCCUAAGUAUGGCCAUGGAUAUUGCCAUGUCGAUUGUAAUUCUGGUCUUUUCUUCUAAGCUUCUCCGCUACGCCUGGCCAGGGAACAGGUCAUGCCACAGGGGUCAUUAUGUUUACGAUCCAAUCAAGCAUCGAGGAGAUUGGCAGAAAUUGCCACCUCGAAGUGGUUGCGACAGGGCAGUAUUUAACCUGAGAUUUAUGAUGGGCUUUGCCUUCGGUGUCAGUAUUCUCAUCGGGUAAGUUUCCCUCAAUCCAAUACGCCUUGACUUCUAAAAUAUACCAUAUCACGCAUUAACAUUAUCUAGCAUCCUGAUUCUCGUAUCUCUGCUACUUCGUCUCGUUGCCGUCGCCAGAACCAGAUUCUGGGAGAAGAUUUCGUUCUGGGAGAUGAACCGACUGCCUGGCCAGAUCGCAUUGUCGACCCAAACACCAAUUUCUAAAGUUACAUGGAGGCCAUCAUACAAGCUUCAGUUCAGUGUAGCUUUGUUGAAACAAGGGCCAGAAGAUGUCGAGGCUCCAAUGGCUGUGGACGCACCUGCUCAAAGCAAGACUCCAGUUGCUGCUGGCGAAGGCACUGAGGCUGCUAACUUGAUUUAAUUGUUGGGUUGUGUAUAGACUUAGUACUAAAAGGCGAGGGAUUUUUCCGUAUAAUGCUGUAAUGGAUUACAGCAAGAACCGAUGUGUCAAAUUGAACUUUGGAGGAAGUUUUCGUAUCUGCGAUGGGAAUGGGG